GAGAGAGAGUGUGUGUGUGUGUGUGUGUGUGUGUGAGAGAGAGAGAGAGAGAGAGUGUGUGUGUGUGUGUGUGUGUGUGUGUGCACGCCUCCUGCAGCCAUGGCUCUGAAGGCUGACGUUCUGUACGACUUCACCGCCGAACCAGGAAACAACGAGCUGUCAAUCAAAGAGGGAGAGAGCGUCAGUGUGACCAGCCAGUCUGUAGGUGGCGGCUGGAUUGAAGUCCAGAACUCCAGUGGACAAACUGGCCUGGUGCCAGAGGACUACCUGCAGAUCAAAGGAACUCCGGCCUGUUCUGAUGCCCACAACACACACACACAGGUUGCCAACAGCAACAAGCCCUGGUCAGGGGGCGGGGCUUACACUACUGAUGCCACAGCAGGAGGAUGGGAGACCCAGGAGUACACACACACACAGCAGGCAGCAGAGGGAGGCGAGGAUGAUGAUGUUGAGUGGGACGAAGACUGGGACGACUACUCUGGUGGCAGUUACCACGGCGACGCCCAUGGAGACGAGGAGGGAGGGGCUUCAGGACGAAACAUUCAUGCCCCCUCCAUGAAGAUCUCCCUCAACAAGUUUCCGUUCUCCAAAACGCCGAACCCGGACGUGUUCCUGCUGGCCAAGCUGCCCCCCCGAGGCCCCGACCGCCUGCCGGUCUACCUGGGCGAGGUGGGCCCUGUGUGGCUCUACCCUCUCUCUGCUCUGGACUGUGUCGUCGCUGAUCCCAGAAAAGAAUCCAAACUGUACGGCCUGAAGAGCUUCAUCGAGUACCAGGUGACACCGAGUACGACCAACAGGCCUGUCAAUCAUCGCUAUAAGCAUUUUGAUUGGCUGUACGAGCGUCUGCUGGAGAAGUUCGGCUCGGCGACGCCCAUCCCCUGCCUGCCCGACAAGCAGGUCACAGGCCGGUUUGAGGAGGAGUUCAUCAGGAUGAGGAUGGAGCGUCUGCAGGCCUGGAUGAGCCGCAUGUGUCGUCACCCCGUCGUCUCCCAGAGCCACGUCUUCCAGCUCUUCAUCACAUACAGAGACGAGCGGGAAUGGAAGAUGGGGAAGAGGAAGGCGGAGAAAGAUGAGCUGGUCGGACCGAUGAUUUUCUCCCUCGUCGACCCUGAAGCUCCAGACCUGGAGCCUGGAGAGGUGGAGCUGAAGUGUGAGCAGUACAGCAGGUUUACGAAGGCGAUGGAUGACGCAGUGAAAGACCUGCAGAAUGUGGGACACACACACUGGAAACGUUGCACUGGACCGCUGCCUAAGGAGUACCAGAGGAUCGGUAAAGCUCUGCAGAAUCUGUCGUCUGUCUUCAACAGCAGCGAAUACCAAGGAGAAGCGACUCUGACCGACGCUUUGACGUUUGCUGGGAAAACAUAUGAGGAAAUCGCACAGAUAGUGGCAGAGCAGCCCAAAAAAGACCUUCACUUCCUGUUGGAGACCAACAACGAGUACAAAGGCCUGCUGGGAUGUUUCCCCGACACCAUCGCAGUACACAAGGCAGCCAUUGACAGGGUGAAGGAGGGAGAGCGUUUGGUGGCGGGGGGGAAGAUCAGCAGUCAGGAGAAGAACAACAUGAAGCAGAGAAUCAGCUGCAUGUCCUACAGCCUGCAGGCUGAGAUGAACCAUUUCCAUAGCAACCGUAUCUAUGACUACAACCGAGUGAUGCAGCUUUACCUGCAGGAGCAGGUGAACUUCUACCAGCAGAUCGCCGAGAAGCUGAGCCAAGCACUGAGCCAGUUCACCACACUGUGAAGACACACACACACACACACACACAUGCACACACACACACACGCACACACACACACACACACACGUGCACAUACACUUCCUCAGUCUUAUAUGAAAUUUGAUUAUUUUUGAGUAGUCUGACGCACUAAAGGGCUCGUAGGUUUUUUCAGAGGAACUACUUUCUGUCUUUCUUACGCCUCCUGCCCUGCUCGGGGCACGGGACACCAGCCAGCGCUCUCCAGUCCUCCACCUGUCCCGUAUGGCCCGCCCCCUCCACACCUGCCUCCAGGUGACGGCGCCAGCUGCUCCUCGGCCUGCCUCUCUUCCUUUGUGCUUGUGGGUUCCAAAAGGGGGCGUGGCUUGUGGUGUGGGGUGCAGAAAGGCCCGCCCCUUUCAAAGGGACAGUGAAUCUGUCCUCUUCACUCCUCGUCCUGUGGUGGGGAGUAUUGAUCAGUGAUCGAUAGUCAAUGUGGAUGGACUGGACGGGACGGUGAGGGGAGCACGGCCGAGCUUCAUGUGUGCUGAGCCACGUUAUUGAUUAUUGAUAUUGUAUUGAUCGUCUCAGUGGUUUUAAAAAGGGACAAACGCUCGAAAGUCCACCAAGCUGAGAGCAGCUGUGUUGUUUUGAUUUGUUUGUUUUGUUUUGUUUUGUGUUUUUUUGUUUUGUUUUGUU